AUGCGGCAACUCGCCGCGCUGCCUUUUCUUCCGCUGAUUCUUCUCUUUAAUGCAGCCCUAUCAUCAGUAUUGGCACAAGGCCAAGAAGACGACAGUGCUUAUCAUUUCUCGCCUGGCACCGGCGGACGAGCAGCAUGGGUUGUCGAUCAGGACAGCCUGCCGUGGAUCGGAUCUUUUGAAUAUUUGAGCAAUGACAAAUCGCCAGCUACCGUGUUGAUGACGGUGGUGGACAGUUCAACGGGUGCCCCACUUGGAGAGUGUUCCGUUAUGAAUGCUGACAAAGACGAAUGGGAACAGCUCAUCUGGACACUUGCGUCUGACGGGUUGACGUGUAACGUCUCCGAGACCAACUCUUCCAAAGUUCGAUUCCCGCUCUCCGCCCAUCCCCGGACAUUCUCUGUCCGCAUUCAAUCCGUGCGUGGCCCGCGGUGUAUCCGGGAGAUGACCGUGCAAAACGAGCGCCCCAUCGGAUGCCCGCCCCAUUUGAAGCAGAACGCGUUCACCUCGGCCGGCAUGUCUUGUGGAUGCCCAUAUGUUGCCGAUUCUACCGCGGAAGUCGACGGACGCGACCCGGCCUUCCCGAUUUUGGAUCUGGCGGGGAACCCUUCCCCCUCCCCACAACCACCAGCGCAGCCAUUCACGAGUGGACCCUGUGCUGGGAUUGAGUGUAUGAACAAUGGGACUUGUGUUGUUGGAGCCGAUGGGCAGGCGACUUGCAUGUGCCACAACGGCUUCUCCGGCUCCCGCUGCCAAUUGGACAUUUGCGCCUCGGUCCCUUGUGGAAAUGGCGGAAAAUGUCAGGCGACCGGAUCGACGGCCGUAUGCCAAUGUCCACCGCAUACCACGGGCAUCUUGUGCGAACAGAUAAUCUGCGAGCCAACGUGCGCCCAGGGUGAAUGCACACUUGUUGAGGGAGCACCGCUUUGCCAGUGCAGCCCGGGCUUCAUCGGGCCAAAUUGUAACGUCAUCGAUGUCUGCAUCGGUGACGCUGCGUGCGCAGUAUUUGGCGAGCAUGCCAAAUGCACCCUUGAUACGGCCUCGUACACUACCGUAUCCCAGAAGGUGGUCAACGCCUCCUAUGAUUGUCACUGCCCACACCCGCAGACCGGACCUACCGUACCCCAGGGCUUCCGUCCAUUCCCCUCAGCCCCAGUAGUGUUGGGCGGACAAAACGGAGGUGUUACUCCAUUCCCAACCCCUGCCCCCGUUGAUGUCGAAGAGGAGGGCGAGCGGACCACGGAAAUUGAGGAGGAAGAGAACCUUGGCGCCGGUUUCGAGACGAUGACCGCUGAAAAUGGACCCGAUCCGUCGCAAUUCAACACGCAGACUGGAAUGAGCACCGAGGGAGAGGAAGAAUCCGAGGAAACGGCCACCCAGCCCGCCCCGACCCAGCAGCCAUUGUGGCCGAUGCAACCGCAUGGCAGCACUUUGCCUCCGACGGAGGUUACGGAAUCCGAGGAGACGUCAGUCGAGACGACCCAAUCGGUGUUGCCGUUCUGGAUGAUGUCCACCACUAGCACAUUGCCACCAGCUAUUCAGCACCCGAUCGAAGUAACAACCCGAGGCAACCACGUCCCCACUCACGAGCACGCGUGGCCCAAGGACACCGCGGCGCCCGUGGAAGAAACGACAAACGGCGUCGACCAACCGGCCGGAAGCGCCAACCAGGCAAAGAGCAGUGCGGCCAGCGUCAUCGUUGCCAUCAUUGCCGUUACAUUGAUCGGCCUGCUCCUCCUCGCGGCCGCCUUCUUCACGAUGCGCUACGUGCGGCAGUCGCGCAAGCUGCACGGCAAGUACAACCCGGCCCGAGAAGAGCACGCCCUAUCCGCCGCCUACUCCCUUCCGAUGACUCACGCAGCAAAGGACGAGCGGCUCAUC